CCCGGGCAGAGGCCCCGCCGGCACCGCCAGAGCCACAAUGAAGCAGCAGCAGCAGGCGCAGCCCCAGGCUCCGGCUCCGGCUCCGGUCCCGGUGUUGGCCCCGGCCCCGGCCCCGCAGCCCCCACAGCAGCCACCGCCCUUCGCCGGCCCGGGGGUCCCAGCCUUCCUCAGCAAGCUAUGGGCUCUGCUGGGCGAGACCCCCAGCAACAACCUCAUCACCUGGAGCCAGAAUGGCAAGAGUUUCUUGGUGUUGGAUGAGCAGAGAUUCGCAAAAGAGAUUCUUCCCAAGUACUUCAAGCACAACAACAUGGCAAGCUUUGUCAGACAGCUUAACAUGUAUGGCUUCCGAAAAGUUGUCCAUGUUGAUUCUGGGAUUGUCAAACUGGAGCGAGAUGGUCCAGUAGAAUUUCGGCACGCGUAUUUUAGGCAGGGCCGGGAGGACUUGUUGGAACACAUUAAAAGGAAGGCUUCAUCUUCGAGACCUGAAGAAAACAAGAUACGUCAGGAAGAUCUCUCCAAAAUAAUUUGUAGUGCUCAAAAGGUGCAAAUUAAACAAACGACUAUUGAAUCUCAGUUGUCUCUUUUGAAGAGAGAGAAUGAAUCCCUCUGGAGGGAAGUGUCAGAACUGAGAGCAAAACACUUGCAACAACAGCAAGUUAUUCGAAAGGUAAGGCUUCAUUCAAGUGUUGUACGUGCAUAAGGGAAUAAAAUGAUAACUGUCAAAAUGCUGAUGCUCAUCAUCCUUCGGUCCCCUGACUCCUUUAAAAAUAAUUCUCAGGUACCUCUCAACAGAAAUGAGGACUUAAAACAAAGAGAACAGAUUUCAGAUGAUAUUGUUAUUUACGAUGUCACUGAGGAUGUGUGUGAUGAAGAAAAUCCCAUGGGUGAAGAAGAAAAUCUUCCUGUUACGCCAGAAACAAAUGAAGAUACCACUUCAGAUUCUUCCAACUGUAGUUGUAGCUAUCCUUCUCCCGAUAUUGUAAUUGUGGAAGAUGAUAACGAAGAUGAAUACGCCCCUGUGAUUCAAGGGGAUAAAAGCACAGAAUCAGUUGCUGUCCCAGGUAAUGAUCCAGUCAACCCUGUCAGUGACAGUACAAGCCCACUCAUGUCAAGUGCUGUACAGCUGAAUAACCAGUCAACUUUAACUGCAGAAGAUCCAGUCUCAGUGAUGGAUUCCAUACUCAAUGAAAAUGGAGUAAUUUCACAGAAUAUAAACCUUCUUGGAAAAGUUGAACUUCUGGAUUACCUCGACAGUAUCGACUGCAGUUUAGAGGACUUCCAGGCUAUGUUGUCAGGACGACAGUUCAGCAUAGAUCCAGAUCUCCUGGUCGAUCUUUUUACAAGCUCCGUGCAGAUGAAUCCCACAGAUCACGAUCAUAUCGCUAAUACCAAAACGGAGACAAAGGGAAAAGAAACUAAGAAGAGUAAUGCUGGUCCAGCAGCUUCACAGGAAACACAAGCUUCUAAGCCCAGAUCAGAUAAGCAGCUGAUACAUUACACUGCGUUUCCACUCCUUGCAUUCCUCGAUGGGAGCCCAGGCUCCACUGUUGAGAGCGGGAGCUUCACAGCUGAAAAUCUUUCCACUGUUGACAAGUCCCUGGAAGGGGAUGAGCUCCUGGAGAGCAGCCUGGAUCCCGAGCCCACUCAGAGCAAACUGGUGCGUCUGGAGCCACUGACGGAGGCAGAGGCAAGCGAAGCCACGCUGUUCUACCUAUGUGAACUUGCUCCAGUGCCCAUGGACACAGAUAUGUCUUUUUUGGAUAACUGAUGUGAGGGGGACUCUGUAUAUAGUCAUGAAGAUGAACUAUUUAUUUAGAAUAUUGUUUGGUAUGAGAGUUUUUUGUAAAUCACUGUUUUAUGUAACCAGGUAUGUGGAAUCUUAAGUACCUUUCGUAUCUUCCUACAAGCAAUCGUUUAGUUACACAAGCCAGCAGGCACGGCUGGCAGCAGUAGUCAGAGUGCUGCUGCACUGCUGUGAACACUUGUGUUACACACAUUGCUAAGUACCCAACACUGGUAAGUAGUAAGCUUUCAUUUAUGGUUUCUUAUACUUCUGGUCUUACAUAUGAUGACAUAAACUAGUAGUGUAUGGUUAGGGAGCACCGACUUUCUGUAUUUUGGGUUUUUUUAUUUUUUACAGCAUUUUGUUAAACACAUGAGGCUUUUUUGGGGUGGGGGGACCAGGACCUGAUGUAGGCUUUUUUUUUCCCUGCUUAAACUGGGAACAAAGUGCCUGUACCUUGCUAAAUCUUGGUUCUGCCUUACUUUCACUUCAGUGGAAGUGCUCACAGAUAGCACAAACUGGGGAAAAGUUCUUGACAGCCGCCAGGCCCCAUGACUGCAUGAGUACUUUUAACUUGGACCAUCUAUGCUGAUAAAAUAAAUGUUACUUAAGUGUGAUACU